AUGGAGACCCAGACUGUGCAGCAGGAGCUGGUCUUUUUCAACGGCACCUCUACCAACCUCCCAGUGAACUCAGCUUGGUGCUACAACACUCACUCAGGAGACCCAGGCCCUGCCGUUGAGAUGUUCACCAGGACAUAGUCAAUAGGAACACAGAGCAAUAUUGUGACGGAUGCUAGAAAUCAGGAAAGAAAAAACACUUCCAACCAGCAAGAUGGCUCAAACCAACCCCAUGCCAGGGUCUGUGGGGCCAUGGAAGAUAACCGUCUACGACCAGGAGAACUUCCAGGGCAAGAGGAUGGAGUUCACCAGCGCCUGCCCAAACGUCUCCGAGCGUAGUUUUGAUAAUGUCCGAUCUCUCAAGGUGGAAUGUGGCGCCUGGAUUGGUUAUGAGCAUACCAGCUUCUGUGGGCAGCAGUUUAUCCUGGAGAGAGGAGAAUACCCUCGCUGGGAUGCCUGGAGCGGUAGCAAUGCCUACCACAUUGAACGUCUCAUGUCCUUCCGCCCCAUCUGUUCAGCUAAUCAUAAGGAGUCCAAGAUUACCAUCUUUGAGAAGGAAAACUUUAUUGGGCGCCAGUGGGAGAUCUGUGAUGACUACCCCUCCUUGCAAGCCAUGGGUUGGUUCAACAACGAAGUCGGUUCCAUGAAGAUACAAUCUGGGGCCUGGGUUUGUUACCAGUAUCCUGGAUAUCGUGGCUAUCAGUAUAUCUUGGAAUGUGACCAUCAUGGAGGAGGCUAUAAACACUGGAGAGAGUGGGGUUCUCACGCCCAGACUUCCAUGAUUCAAUCGAUUCGCCGUAUCCAACAGUAGUGGAUUAAAAGCUCCAAGAGAAGUCAAGCAUGAAACCUUGCUAAGCAACCCAGAAUGACUUUUAUGUUCCUCUCACAGACACUGCUUCCAAAUGUUAGCUGAAAUCCACAAUAAAUGUCAUUAAAAAAAAAAAAGGUGUAGACUGAAUUAGCAUGGUUCAUAUAAAUCACUUAGGUGGGUUUCAAUAAAACCCCAAAUUCCCUUUUGCGAUUUUGCAAGUCCCUAACUAGCCCAAGCUCAAUUACUCCCUAUCUCAAAUAACAUUAAAGCAAUAACUGAAAUGUAUCAGUCUAUGCAGUGACAGACACAAUUUUGGUAAAUGUUUCUGCCAGCACUUUUUAAAAAAACUUGGUGAUAAAUCAAUGCUAACCAAACUUAGGAAGUUUCUCAAAUAUGCAUUACCAUAUAUUUCUAAAUAAACUUAUGAAUAAAUCCAGAAUCUCA